AUGAUAUCUUCAUCAGAAUCAUUAGCUGUGGAGGAUUGUUCCUCUGGUGCUUAUUCUUCUCAAGUCACUGGUGAAAACGAUAGGAGGCCAGAUACGGGUAAUAUUGAAGAAGCCGAAUCAUCUCUUCGUGAAAAUGGUUCCUUAAAUUUUGAGGAAGCAAGAGCAUUGUUAGGGAGAUAUGAAUAUCAAAAGGGAAACAUAGAAGCUGCUCUUCAUGUGUUUGAAGGGAUAGAUAUAGCAACAGUAACUCCAAAGAUGAAGAUUAGUCUUUCCCAAAGAGGUGAACCUCGUAGAAGAGUUUCUCAUAAUUAUGGAGAUCCACCUUUGUCUAUACAUGCUGUUGGUUUACUCCUUGAAGCAAUUUAUUUAAAGUCAAAAUCAUUGCAAAUUCUUCAGAGGUAUAAAGAAGCUGCUCAAUCAUGCAAAGUAAUCCUUGACAUUAUCGAAUCAUCAUUACCCGAAGGGUUGCCUGAAAACUUAGGUGCUGAUUGUAAAUUACAUGAAACCCUAAACCAUGCAAUCGAGUUGCUUCCUGAGUUAUGGAAACUCGAGGGUUCACCCCAAGAAGCAGUAUUGUCAUUCAGACGGGCCCUACUUCAUCAUCAAAGUUUGAAUCCAGAAACAACUGCAAAAAUUCAAAAAGAUUUCGCUGUUUUUCUUCUUUACAAUGGAGGCGAAGAAGCCAUCCCUCCUAAUCUAAGAUCCCAAAUGGACACCUCAUUCGUACCUAGAAACAACAUCGAAGAAGCAAUCUUAAUUCUAAUGAUUCUACUAAGAAAAGUUUCAUUAAAAAUGAUCAAAUGGGACCCGGCUGUUUUAUAUCAUCUUUCAUACGCGUUAUCAAUCUCGGGUGGACUCGGGGCUUUGUUUUCACAGCUCGAAGAGCUUCCUCCGGGUGUUCUUGAUAAAAAAGAAAGGUGUCUUCUUUUGGCUCUAUGUUACCAUGGACAAGGUGACGAUUUGUCUGCUUUAAAUUUAUUGAAAAAUAUAUAUAAACAAGAGGAUCCGCAUUGCGGGUUGGCUUUACUCUUGGCUUCGAAAAUUUGUGGUGAAAACUCGGAUUCAAUCGAAGGUGCGAGUUGUGCUAAAAGGGCGAUUCGGGUAUUUGAAACGAGAUGUGAUGAGAUGGUUGGAGUCGCGUAUUGCUUCUUGGGAGUUAGUCUUUCCAAUGAUUGUAGAUUUGCGAUUAGUGAUUUUGAAAGGGCGGAGAAGCAAUCGGAGGUGAUUCGGUGUUUGGAAACGGCGGGGAGAUUGACCGGAAUGAGUGAUUCCGGAGUUGUUUAUUUUUUGAGUUUAGAAAACGCGGAACAACGGAAGUUGGAUGUGGCUUUUGGUUACGCGAAACGUUUGGUGAAAUUGGAAGGCGGGUCGAGUGUUAGAGGGUGGAUUUUAUUGGCGAGAAUAUUAUCGGCUCAGAAACGGUUUUCUGAGGGCGAAAUCGUAAUUAACGCUGCGUUAGAACAGACUGGGAAAUGGGAUCAAGGAGAGUUGUUGAGGACGAAAGCAAGGCUUCAGGUUGCUCAAGGGGUUAUAAAGAAUGCUAUUCAGACAUACACACAGAUUCUUGCUGUUCUUCAAGUUCAAAGCAAAAGCUUUCGAUCUCAGAAAAAAAACCACGAGAUGGGUUAUGGAAAGCAUCAGCUUAAAAGCUUGGAGAUGGAAACAUGGCAUGAUCUGGCUAUGGUUUAUAUGAAGUUAUCACAAUGGCGGGAUGCCGAGGCUUGUCUUUUGAAAUCUGAAAAUAUCGGUUACUACAACGCUUCUCGAUUGCAUAUCACUGGUUUACUGUAUGAAGCGAAAGGUCUUGAGAAAGAAGCUCAAGAAGCUCAAGAGCUUGCGUUGGAUGUGGAUCCUGGUCAUGUCCAGAGUCUGAUUUCAAUGGCUGUGAUGAUCCGAAGAGCAGGAGGAGGAGGAGGAGGGAAGUCUGCUGCAGCAGCUAAAAGCUUUUUGACCGAAGCGUUAAGAUUAGACAGGCUGAACUCAUCAGCUUGGUAUAAUUUGGGCCUGCUUUAUAAAGAUGAUGGGCCCAUGUUCCUAAAAGAAGCUGCCAAUUGUUUCGAGGCUGCUACUUUACUUUCGGAAAAAGAACCAAUUGAGCCAUUUAGAUAACCACUGUUUUUUGUCACCCAACCUGUAAUUGACUACAUAUCAUUAUUGUUUCAAGGAUUUAAUUCUUUUAUGUAUUUGAAAUCGAUUCAUUUGUUGCAAUUAAGUAAGUGUUAAAAUUUGCCUAAUCUUGAGUGAGACAGUUUUGAAUAUGACAGAUGUGAAUGUUAACGAC